UCUCUCUCUCUCUUUGGGUUUCAGCGCCAUCGAGUCAUCGUCAAGCAGUCCAAGCUGAAUUCCAGCGCGUCCGGAGUGCGCUCGGGCGAUCGACGGAGAAGGAAUGGCAGCCGGCAGGAAACUCGCGAAACGUCGCGGCGCAGCUUCACCGUCAGCAGCGUCCUCCACCUGCUCGUUCUCGUCGGGCUGUUCGCCCUCGGUACAGCCGAGGCUCGAACCUUCUGCCCCACCGGCUGCACCUGCGACGACGAUACCUUGGUGGUAUCCUGCGUGGGCGCCAACCUGGACGUCAUACCGAUCGCGCUGAAUCCGAGCAUCCAGCGAAUAGUGCUGAAGGAGAACCGCAUCAAGAUCGUGGACGCAGCGGCAUUCCAGUUCUACGGCGACUUGAAGAAUGUCGAUCUGUCCAGCAACCACCUGUUCACCAUACCGAACGGCAGUUUCGACGCGCAGCGACACCUGGUGGAGCUGCACCUCAAGCACAACAAGAUCUCCGCGUUGACCGAGAAGACAUUCCAGGGCCUCAAAUCCCUCACGGUGCUGAAUCUGCGCGAUAAUUAUCUGGAGACGCUGAAGAGCGGCCUCUUCGCCUACCUGUCGAAGCUCGAGGAGCUCGACCUGGGUCAGAAUCGCAUAUCAAAGGUAGAACCGGGCGCGUUCCAGAAGUUGGGCACCCUACGGGUGCUGUAUCUCGACGAUAACCAACUGAGAACCAUACCGUCGCCAGCGUUGGCGCCGUUGAACGCCCUCGCGGAGCUGCACAUCGGCUGGAACGCCUUCUCCACGCUGCCGGACGACGCGUUCAAGGGUCUCGAGCAGCUUGCGGUGUUGGACAUCAUGGGCGCCGGACUGGACAACAUCAGUGACGGCGCGUUCCGAGGUCUAAACGCCCUUCGCACUCUGAAGCUGGGCGCCAACAAGCUGCGUGAAGUGCCCACGAAACAGCUGGCGGUGUUACCGCGCCUCGAGGAGCUCACCUUGGGUCAGAACUUCUUCACGAUCCUGCGAUCGGGCGCCUUUCAGGGUCUGUCGACGCUGAAGAAGCUCGAUGUGUCCGGCGCCAAGCUGUUGACCACCGUGGAGAAGGGUGCCUUUUCAGACAACGCUAACCUGGAGACUCUCGUCUUGAACAGUAACAAGCGCCUCGUCACCAUGGAAGACGGCGCUCUAGCUGGUCUGCCUAAUCUCAGACACUUGAUGCUACGCGACAACGCCUUCGUCAUGUUCUCGGAGUCGCUGGUCGCAUGGAACGAGCUGCGCCGGCUAGACCUCAGCGAGAACCCGUUGCUCUGCGACUGCAGCCUGCUCUGGCUGGCGGAGGUGCUCGUACCAAGGAACUCCAGCCCGGUGAUAUGCGCGGAGCCAGCCGAGUCCAAGGGCAAACCCAUCAAGGGCAUGACACCCGACGAGUUGGGCUGUGCCUUCUCAGACCCGCGCAAACAGGCCCUCCUGGCGACCAUAUGUGCCGCCGGAGUGGCUCUCUUCACGGUUCUCGCGCUGACCCUGUACUACCGCUGCCGCAGACGCGUGCGGGACGUGCUCAAAGACUACAAGUGGAAGAACCGCGCGAUAUCGCGCAAAGAGCACGAGUACCAGAAGACCUUCUCGGACGACGAGUACAUCGUGCGAUCGGCGCACGCCCACCACCACCAGCACCACCACCAGCCGCAGUCGCAGCAGGUACCGGCGCACCACCACCAUCAUCACCUGCAGCAACAGCAGCAGCAACAGCAGCAGCAGCAGCAGCAGCAGCAGCAGCAGCAACACGCGCAGAUAGCGGCCGGCAUUAAGCCGAUACCCGUGACGGAACUGUAGCUAGAACUUCGGGCGGCGAGCCCCGGUA